AUGAGCACCACUACGCUCCACCCACCCACAGACAACAACGCCGCCCAGGCGCAUCAACAGCGUCGCGCCAACUCUGCCCAAGGCAGCCACCGACAGUACCUACGCUCGCGAUCCAAUCCAGCCCUCUCAUCGCCCGCCAGGAGCGCUUCCCACCCAGAUCCACGGGCGGGCUCGCCUGCGUUGCGGCAGCAGGAGCGCGCAGCCCUGCUGAAGAAAGCCGAGCAUGUCGCCAGCAAAGAGGUCACGCCAGCGGAGGAGAUCCCUAAGGACCCACAGACGCAGAAGCUAGGCGUCUCAAGCCCACACUUAAGCAUCCAUGACUUCGAACUCAUGCGCACACUAGGCACCGGCACAUUCGCGCGCGUCUUCGCUUUGAAAGUGCUAAAGAAGGUCGACGUCAUCAAGCUGAAGCAAGUCGAGCACGUGCGCAACGAGCGCAACGUCCUUGCCGCCGUUGCGGGCCACCCGUUCAUCACCACCUUGAUCACGUCCUUCUCCGACGCGACAUCGCUGUACAUGCUAUUGGACUAUACGCCCGGCGGAGAGAUAUUCAGCUACCUGCGACGAGCGAGACGAUUUCCAUUCGCGACCGUGCAAUUCUACGCCGCAGAGAUCACGUUGAUUCUGGCGUACCUGCACGACGUGCAGCAUGUAGCAUAUCGCGACCUCAAGCCCGAGAACAUCCUUCUCGAUGCCGAAGGCCACCUCAAGCUCGUCGAUUUCGGCUUCGCCAAGUACCUACCUCCAGCACCGGAACAGUCCGCCGACAGCAACGGCGCCACCACCCCCGGUCCCGAACACGGCGCCGGCGUAACGUACACCCUCUGCGGCACCCCCGAGUACCUCGCCCCCGAAGUAAUACGCAACUCCGGCCACGGCACCGCGGUCGACUGGUGGGCCCUGGGCAUUCUCGUCUACGAAAUGCUCAUCGGGCAACCUCCCUUCUGGGACCAGAACCCCAUGCGCAUCUACGAGCAGAUCGUGCAGGGCCAUAUCAGGUUCCCCACUUCUCACUCCACCCACUCCGGAAGCAGUGGGCACAGGCCGAGCCUGCACGUCCCCCGCGCCGCGAGGGAUUUCAUACUGAGUCUGUGCAAGACUGACCCGACGCAGCGAUUGGGCCAUAUCGCGGGCGGGAGCAAGCGGGUGAUGAGCCACUAUUUCUUUGAUGGGUUAGAUUGGGAUGAGAUCUAUUAUAGGCGGAGGAGGGGGCCGAUCAUUCCGCGGGUGGAGUGGGUUGGGGAUAGUGGGAAUUUUGAUGAGUACCGGAUCCCGUGGAGGGGGAGGAGAGCGAGGGGGGCAGGGGGAGGUAUGAUAGUGCGAUGA